AUGGGAGACUCGCUGGAUCAAGGGCGCCCGGCCAAGCGGAUCAAGCUGGCGCCACACCCGCAGCCCUCGCAUCCGCACUCGGUCUCCUAUUCGCACCCUCAUCAGCAGCGGCUGAUUCGGCCUGCGCCGUCCAACACGCCCGUCGUCCCUGCAGCGGCGGCGGCGGCUGUGGCUCACACCUGGGUCCAUGUCGUCCCCUCGCCUCGUGGCAGCCGCCGGGUCCGACGCCGGGUCCGCAGCCGUGGGGGCCGUGCCGCGCCCGGCCCUGACCCAUCCCGGCCAGAGGCGAGCUUCGACCCGGCCUCGUCUCCGGCCUCGACCGCGUCUACGUCCUCGCUCACUUCAUCAUCGACGCUGCCAUGGCCACCCCUCGAGGCAAUGCAGACAAUGGCAGCGGCAGUAGAAACGUCGAUGGAGUCGGCACUGAUUCCGUUCAAGGACUGUCUAGCGACCUUCGGCAGGCAAGCAUCCCCCCGAUUCCCUCGCCCUACGGAUGGCAGAGUCAACUCAUAUAUCAAAUUCAACUGGCCGACGCGGAGACCGCAGGGUAGUCGGUCUUCUUCCGUGUCAGCCGUCGCGAAACCCGGCGAUGCCGGCGAAGAUGACGAAGUAGAGGAGAUUGUUAGACCGUCAUCGCAGUCAUCCUCGGCAUUGGGAACUUCCAGCCGCCAAUUGCAUGAUUGCACGACACAAACGUCCCAGCAGAUCACUGCGAGAUGGCCCAACCCGCUGAAGAGAUCUGAGCGCUCGUGGUCCUUUUCGGACACCACAUCACCCCCGGCAAUGUCAGGCUACUCUUCAUCCCCCUAUCCUCGUCCAUGGAGCCAUGGCUGGGGUAGUAGCCAUUCAUCCAUGAAUUCUCCACGAAUGCUACCACGGCAUUUCGGGCUGGUAUCCCAGAUGGACAAAAUGGAUAGAAAGCUUUGGUCAUUCUAUAUCGGCAAUUGGUGUCCCGGCCGGAGUAUUCUGGGCAAAACAAACCUGUGGCUGCAAGACUUUGCUGCCCAGGAGGGGAGCGAGGGAGUGUUGUGCGCGAUACAAAGCCUGGCCGGCAUAUACGUGUAUGACUACCAGCCAAUGGAGGAGAUAAGUAGGCGGAUCAAUCAUCGAUUUGCCCUGGCCGAGAACCGCCUGAGCCAACUGCUGUCCAGAGCAGAUCUCAGUGUUGACGAAGCCAGCGAGCUGAUCACGAUUGCCUCUAUCCUGUCCAUGCAAGAUAUUGUCCUUACUGAGCGCCGUCGUAAGAAGCCCUAUACUCCGCGGUGGCUCGAAGGAUUCAAGCAAAGCGAGCACUUUCUCGAGUCCAUUGACGAAGGGUCGCGGUUCUGGUCAAAGUCCAAUGUCCAGCUCUCCUCCCUUCGAAUCUCCCAAUCCGUCAUCGUCGGCAGGGCAGUCAUACUUUCGCAGCUCAUGACCACGCUACCUCCCCCAUCGACCUUUGACCCCGAGAGGGAAGCUGCUCGGUUUGGCUGGCUCCUUUACGGUGACAUGAAAGACAUGUAUGAGAUCCACGGCGGAUGCGGUUUCUCUAAGAAACUGCUUCACUCCUUCAGCCAGAUUACAUACUGCUCCGCGCGGCUAUAUCAAGAUCCCGAGAGCUCCGUCAUUCCACUCACUGCAAAGUUCCUGCUGUCCGAGCUGCUGGAUAUGAGGCAAUGGAGCAGUGCGCCCAACUCAAACCCGUGGGAAGUUGCCAGGACCCAGCAGCAAACCAUUGAGAUGGUCCGCGCUGCUCACGAAGGCUAUGUCAUUGACAGCGCAAGCUCCAUGACAGAGGUGACUGCCGAAGCUUGGAGAAUUGCAGCCAUUGUUUAUUUGCAGUGUCGUGCUCUGAGAAUCCCUCGGAAUCACCCCGAGGUGUUGUCCAAUCUGAACGACCUUGCCAAAUGUAUCAACAUCAUGCCAACUUCUGGCUACAACUUCACCGCGCAGGCCCCUCUGUUCCCUGUUUUCCUUCUGGGAAUGCUAGCCACCGUCCCGGAACACGUUGCCGUUGCUCAGAACUGGUUCGAAAGGGUCACCAGCACGCCCGUGAGAAGUAGUGUGCCGCCGCUCUAUGACGCGUUGAAGCGCAUAUGGAUGUGGAUUGAUACCGAGCCCACCCUCAAGCCGCCAGUCAACGGAAGGUUAGACGAGGAAGUCGGCAAAAGGCUUCCCUGGUGGGAGCAUCUAGUUCAGCGCGUGCAAGAGAACGAGAUGGAGAUCCUCUGCCUGACCUGAAACGGGCCGAUGAUAUUAAUUGCGAUUCUCAAAGCAAAGCCUAACCUGUGGUCCCCGUUCACAAUUCCAUUCUAGCCCGGAUGAUACCCCCUCCCCCAGCCUU